CUCGAGCUUAAGUUGAUGGCCUGCCUUUCGCGUAUCGUUCAGAUUCUCCACCUUUGCUAGGCCAUUUCACAGAUAUCUGAGAAGAUGAAGCUGAUCCAGAUCGCCGCACUCGUUGCGCCUGCGCAGGCCGCACUUCGCUUCGGAUGCUCGACACUGAGCAUUCAGCGUCUCGAUCCCCUUGUCGAGCCUGGCAAGCUCCCCUCUGCUCAUGUUCACCAGAUCGUCGGUGGCAAUGCAUUCAAUGCAACAAUGGACAAAGAUCCUAGCGAUGUGGCUAGCUGUACAACAUGCACCUUCUCUGAGGACUUUAGCAACUACUGGACCGCUGCCAUGUUCUUCAAGCACGAGAACGGGUCGUACAAGCGUGUGCCCAUCAUGCAGAACACUGCUUUGCCGAACGGUAUCAAUGGUGGAAUGACCGUCUACUAUACCCAGCAAGACUUCAACACAAAUGGAAACCAGAAGAUUACAGCGUUCCCAAAGGGCUUCCGUAUGACCGUCGGCAGUCCCACGACCAACACGGUUGAGGACGCAAAGAAGCACCCAGGUCUUCGUUUUGUCUGUCUGCAAGACAAGGCAACUCGAUUUCCCGAGUCUCCCGACUUCCCUCCGAAGGCUUGCAAAGGCGGCAUCAUGACGGUUCACCACUUUCCCUCAUGCUGGGAUGGCAAGAAUGUUGAUUCUCCCAAUCAUCAAGACCACAUGUAUAACACAGCUAAAGAAGCCUUCUCGCCCGCCGGCGCAUGCCCCGCAUCCCAUCCCGUCCGCAUGGCCCAAGUCGCCUACGAGACUCUCUGGGAUACGACGCAAUUCAACAAUAUGUGGCCCAAGGACGGCUCCAACCCCUUCUUCCUCAGCUACAAUGAUAACAAGGGCUAUGGUACGCAUGCCGACUACCUCUUCGGCUGGAAGGGAGACUCGCUCCAGAAGGCCAUGGACUCGAAGUGCAUGUUCCAGGCGUGUGAGAAUGGUAAGCCGCUCCAGAGUCAGAGCGUGGCUGCUAUGAACAAGUGUGCUGUUAAAAGUUCUGUUAAUGAGAAUUUGGAUGGAUGGCUCAAGGCUUUGCCCGGUAUGAGCAUGUAA